GUGUGACGAAUGAUUCUUCUUCAUUCAGCCAUAAGCCUUUCGGGGUGUGUGCCACUAGGAGAGUAUGCAUCUUCUUAUGCACCGCAAAACUGCGUAGCUCGGCUGCAUAACUUUACGCGUGCGCACUGAUGUGGUAAUGUAAUAUUAUGCCGUGGAAAAGGUGAGGAGGAAGAAAUUUUUUCUUUUUUUUUUUUUUUUUUUUUCCAACAUGAUUGAUAUUAUCUCGCCAUUUUUACGCUAACUGGGUUGUUUUUUUUUUUUCGUCCCAACCUCCCCCCUCCAACGCUCUUAGCAAGGUGGUAAAGCGGGAAUGACAUGACCAAUUUUUAUCCUUUUCGCUUGUUCGACCCACUGCGGUUACAGUGACGACUGGGAAAGAUGAACUUCUCAUCAGCCCCUGUCGAAAAUAAAAGUGAUUUACUAAAGGGGAAGGGGGAUGCAGAAACGUCCAGGGAGCUGCUAGAGAUGAUCAUGAACAACUGCGAUGGGCCAAACUUCAAAGUGACGGUGAAUGACAGCCGGGAGUUUUUUGGCGCCCUGGCAUACGUGGACAAGUACAAUUUAUUUCUCACCGACUGCGAAGAGCGCUACACAGGCAGCCAACCGUACACACGUAACUGCGGGGACAUCCUAAUUCCGUUUAAGAUAAUCAAGUUGGUGGAAAUUAAAAAGGGUUACUUUGACAGCUGCUACGAGGAACUAAAAAACGCGCAGCAGAAGUAG